AUGCCGUCAACAUUAUCCAACAAGACCUUCAAGCUCAACAACGGCGUCGAGAUCCCCGCCGUGGGAUUCGGUACCUUUGCGGCCGAGGGCCAGCCCGGCCAGACCUACAGCGCAACCAAGGCGGCGCUCGAGGCCGGCUACCGCCACCUCGACUGCGCGUGGUACUACCAGAACGAGGACGAGAUCGGCAACGCCAUUGCCGACUUCCUCAAGGAGAACCCAUCAGUGAAGCGCGAGGACCUCUUCAUCUGCACAAAGGUCUGGAACCACAUGCACGCGCCCGAAGACGUCAAGUGGUCGCUCGAAAACUCUCUCAAGGCGCUGAAGCUCGACUACGUUGACCUUUUCCUCGUCCACUGGCCCAUCGCCGCCGAGCGCACCGAGGACCGCCAGGUCAAGCUCGGCCCGGAUGGCAAGUACGUCAUUAACAAGGAGCUGACCGAGAACCCGGAGCCGACAUGGCGGGCAAUGGAGGAGUUGUACGAGGCCAAGAAGGCGCGCGCCAUUGGCGUUUCAAACUGGACCAUCGAUGGCCUCAAGAAGCUGUUCGCCAUUGCAAAGGUCAAGCCUGCCGUCAACCAGAUCGAGAUUCACCCUUACCUGCCCAACGAGGAGCUUGUGCGCUUCUGCCUUGACAACGAUGUUCUCCCGUCUGCAUACUCGCCGCUUGGCUCGCAGGACCAGGUUCCCACGACCGGCGAGCGGGUGCGCGACGACCCGGGCCUGAACGCCGUGGCCAACCGCAGCAACCUCACGCUCGCGCAGGCGUUGCUUGGCUGGGGUGUCAAGAGGGGUUACGUCGUGCUGCCCAAGAGCUCGACCCCCUCCAGGAUCAAGUCUAACAUUGAAGUGCCCGACCUGUCGGACGCCAAUUACGAGGACCUGUGGAAAGUUGCAAACGGUCGCAAGCCCACGAGGUUUGUUGACAUGAAGGACACUUUUGGUUACGAUCUCUGGAAGGACAGCCAAUAG